AUGAAGCUCAACAUCUCCUACCCGGCCAAUGGGUCCCAGAAAAUCAUCGAGAUCGACGAUGAGCGCAAGCUGCGUCCCUUCAUGGAGAAGCGCAUGGGCACCGAAGUUGCCGGCGAUGCUCUCGGUGAUGAGUUCAACGGUUACGUGUUCAAGAUUACCGGUGGUAACGACAAGCAGGGUUUCCCCAUGAAGCAGGGUGUUCUCCUCCCCACCCGUACCCGUCUGCUCCUUGCCGACGGCCACAGCUGCUACCGCCCCCGCCGCACCGGUGAGCGCAAGCGCAAGUCCGUCCGUGGUGCCAUCACCGGUCUGGACCUUUCCGUCCUUGCUCUGUCCAUCGUCAAGCAGGGCGAGGGUGAGCUCCCCGGUCUCACCGACACCGUUGUCCCCAAGCGUCUCGGCCCCAAGCGUGCCACCAAGAUCCGUCGCUUCUUCGGUCUCGACAAGAAGGACGACGUCCGCAAGUUCGUCAUCCGCCGUACCGUCACCAAGGAGGGCAAGAAGGAUUACACCAAGGCCCCCAAGAUCCAGCGUCUGGUUACCCCCCAGCGUCUCCAGCGCAAGCGCCAACGUGUUGCCAUCAAGCGCCGCCGUGCUGAGACUGCCCGCGAUGCUGCUAACGACUACGCUAAGCUCCUUGCCGGCCGUGUCCACGAGGAGAAGGCUAAGCGUGAUGAGCUCCGCAAGCGGAGGGCUUCCUCCAUGCGGAAGUAA